GAAAGAUCCGUGAUGCAAGGCUACCUCUGGAAGCGAGGCCAUGCGCUGCCGACCAUGAGUCGGCGCUACUGCGUCCUCGACGGCUCGAUGCUGGCCGUGUACCAGACCGAGCGCGAGCACGAGCUGGGCUUGACGCCGAGCUCCGUCUACGAGAUCCGCGAGGUCGUGCCAUGGGACGGCCACACGCGCUUAAAGAAGUACGAACACGGCUUUGUCGUCUCGACGCUCGGCGGCAAGACGUACCAGUGCAGCGCCGACACCAUGGCCGCCCAGGAGCAAUGGAUUGCCGCGAUCCAAGAGUCGCUCGCCGAGCCCUACCGCAUUGUGGCCGACGAAAUAGUCGAAGCGCAAAAGCUGCUACAAGACGAUAUUGAGCUCGAGCAUGAGACCGCCGACGCCGCCGCGAUUGCUGUGCGCAAGGCCGAAGUCUCGUCCAAGGCGAUUCGCGCGCACGAAGAGCAGAUCCAGAGUCUCAAGACACAGAUCAGCGAGAUCGAGACACAGAUGGCGUCUGCCCAAGCCGAGGCCAGCACCGCCGCCAUAUCCGCCGCCGACGCCAAGAGAGCAGCAACUACCGCCAAGCAAGUUGCGCAUCACGUCAUGAUGCAAGUCAACACGGCCGAGAACGCGUCGCCCACAGCCGUGCAAGACGCUACCGCCGAAGCCUCCAAAUGCUCGGCCUUGUCCGAGGUGGCGGCGACAUUGGCCGCCACCGCGCAGAUGGCCGUCAAGGACCUUGUGAAAAGCAAGGCGGCGCUCGUCGAGGCUAUGCACAAAGCCACGGAGGCCCUCCAGUCCCUCAAGGCCGAGGCCGAAGCCAACAUCUCGGUCGCGUCGGGGGCACUGCAGACCGCGCACUCGGCCAAAGCACGCACGCGUCUGCGUGUCGCGUCCUGGUCGUCGUCGCCGUCGCACGUCGACGCACUCGCCCAAGGGUAUCUCUUUUGUAAGCACGCAAUGCGGCCCACCAUGCACAGCAAGUACUUUGUUUUGUAUGGCAAAACGCUCUGCUGGUACAAGAACGCCGACGACUUUAUCCAGAACGCAAACACGCCGCUCGGAGUGGUCCAUGUCGCUGGCGGCGUCAACGAAUGGAGCGGACGCGUCGGCUUGACGACGGCGUCGCACCCGUUCUCGAUUCCAACGGUCGAAGGCAAGACGCUCCACUGCUCGGCGCCGGUCUCGCACGAUGUGGCCAUGUGGAAUACCGCCUUUCUCAUUGGCAUGACCAUGAACCCGCUGUCGCCGGAGCGCGCGCGGGCUGCCAAGAGUCGGCGCGACUCGUUCGACUUGACGUCGCCGCCCCGCGCUGGCAAGCAACGCGUGAGCUUUUUUGCCGCGGAUUCGUCGUCGCCCUUGGACACGAGUCCGCAUCCAGUGGUCGUCGAGACGGAAGCGGCAACGGUCGAGGGCUACCUCGUCAAGCAAGGGCAUUUCGUGCCCACGAUGAAGCAAAAGUACGUUGUGCUCCGAGGAAACCACCUUUUUUUCUACGCGUCGUACGACGCCUACAUGGCCAAGACUACGGCGGACGUCGGGUGCUCGCAAGUCGCAAGCGUGGGCGACUGGGACGGCCACACGCUGCUCUUGACGUACCCGCACCCGUUCCGCAUCGAGACCGUGGCGCACGCGCAAGUGCUUUGCAGUGCGCCGACCGCGAGCGAGAAGGACAAGUGGAUGCGCGGCCUCCGCGCCGCGAUCGCCAAGCACGCAAUCGGGGCCAAGACAUCGACAAGCAGCGACGUGGUGCUGGACCCGGCAGUGCAGGCGCUUCAAACGCUCUUGAGCAGCUACUACAACGAGCACAACCCGACCAAGCACGACGAUAUACCCACGCUUCUCAAGCUCUUUGAUGGCCGCGAAAGCCAGCUCUUGUCGCAUCUCGAUGCGACGUAUGGUACCACGCUCGUCCGCGACCAUGCCGACUUGCUCGCGACGCUCGAGGCGCGCCACGAACGGCUCGCGGCGCGGGCAGCCGAGUUUGCAAUUGUCCCGGACGCCGGCGUGCCCCAUCUGGAAGGCGUCGCCGACGUGAUUGUACCCAGCGCGCUUGGUAGCAGCGGGAAAGCCGAGGUGUACCUUGUCUUGCUCGGACAUCAACUCAUGCAGUUUGCAUCGCGCACCGCGGCACUGACCGCACCUGAGACGCCGACAAGUGUCGUCGACGUGUGCGAAGCGAGUGCUGGCGUCUCGGCGGCCGACCUGACGGUGCUCGACACGGUAGGUACCAAGCACCUGUAUCAUCUGCAUCUCGAGGCGAGCCGCGACCAUUGGCUGCACAUGCUGUCGCUCGGUGUCGAUCAUGCGCGGACCCACGGUCGCAUGGCUAUCACGCUCUCGGACCACAAGACGGUGCUGCGUGAGAUCGUGCCAGGUGCUAUCGAUGACACCAGUCCAACGGUGGAGGCCACUGCGUUCAAGUCGGCGCUCGUUGCGUUUUAUAACGAGCACAAUCCCGACGGCCUUUCUAGUGUGGACGCGCUGUUGGUCUACUUUCGAGGCCAAGAACAUCUCUUGCUCGAGUCGCUGGAUGCCAUGUACGGGUCGUCGCUGGCCUCCGACCCGACGCUGCAGGCGCUCUGCAUCGAGCUCACGGGUGUCUCGUCGGCCAUUGAUCGUCGCGGCGGGUCAUUUUGGCGCAAGUCCCUCCUCCCCGAUGGCUCUCUGCCGGCGCUUCGCAAGAAGGCUGGGUACGUCAAGGUCAAGGCGCCGCCGUCGAUUCCGAAGCUCAAGCGCGCGUUCGCAGUUCUUAACGACGACGGCCACCUCGCCUUCUUUGUCGAUGCGAUGCAAGACGUGGCGCUCAUGGCGUCCGCACCCGUGCGCAGUGUCCGCGUCGGUGACGGUCAGUUCAGCCUCUAUGUCGACAACACCUUUCUCCAGUGCGAGACCGAGAUGGAUGCCCACGCGUGGCUCUCAGCGUGCCACGUCACGAUUGCAUCGCAGCACGUGCACGCGCUCACUGCGUCGCCGCUGGCGCAGUUCCUCGUCGACUACUACCGAGCGCACAACCCGGCCAAGGUCCAUGAGGUGCCGUUGCUGCUCGACUCGUUUGCGGGCCGCGAACGCGAGCUUCUAGUCAAGCUCGAUGCUGUCUACCACACCAACGUGACCUCCGACGCGCAUGCUCUCUCGCUCUUGCCAGCGUCGUCGUCAUCCGACGCGUCGCCGAGUACAACCGAGCUCGUGCGGGGCUACUUUCUCAUGAAGGGCUACCACCUGCCAUCGCUCACGCGCUUCUAUGGUGUCCUCCGCGGCAACACGCUGGCGGUGUUCGACACGGAAGACGACGCGGCCCAAGACGACAAUCCAACGACAAAGUACGACCGCAAGCGCGUGGCCGCUGUCGUCGCGUGGAGCGGCAGCACGCACGCAGAGUACUCGUUCGGGCUCGAGAUCAUCACGGACGAGCACAAGACGUUCUUCUGCGCGUUUGCGACGGAAGACGACCAGCUGCACUGGGCGAGUGCGCUCCGACAUGGCAUUGCAAUCGCUCGCAUCGAGCACCGGUCGGCCACCGGCGUCCUCGCGUCCGAGGGCACGCAGGCCCUGCGGCGACUCGUGCUGCAGCGUUUUGGCCAUAUGCACAUGUCGCUCGCCGACGAUCUGGACGCGCUGCUCGAGUACGCCCACGGCUUUGACAUGGACCUGCUCACGCAAAUGGACCGGAAAUACGGCACCGAGAUGGCCCUGGACGAAGACAUUGUGUCGCUUUUGGGGACGCUCCCACCCAAUGCGACGCUACUUGAGCCACUUAAGGGGAUGGAAGGCCCACUGAGCCUCGUGACGGCCGAGGGUCAGGUCAAAUCUCAAAUCUACGGUGUCCUUGACGGCACGCUCUUGCAGUGCUACGCGUCCCGCGAAAGCUACAAGACGUGCGUGACGCCGCCGACGCUCUCGCUGGCGAUUGCGACGAUCGGGCCCUUCGAGAUGACGGGGUUCGUCAUGGACACGCAAGCCGAAGGCAUGGUCGUGUACAUGCGCGCCGCGUCGAGCGACGACCAAAGUCGAUGGCUCGACGCGAUUCAGUGCGCCCUCGACAAGGCUGCGCUCGACUCGCUCUUCCACGCGAUUCCGACGGACACCGCCGGCGUCUUCUCGAGCUUUGUGUUUGUCCAUGAUCCCGUGGCACAUGGCAAGGAAGGCUUGAAGCGGCUCAUGCUCAAAACCAAGCCCAAGCGGCCUGUGAAACGCUACGUCGUGCUGGAUGGCCUCGAGUUCAAGGUCUACCUCGCGCCCUCCGACGUCGAGCCACAUCAGCGCUUGGCGGUCGCGAGCCUUUGUCGCUGGGACGAGUCGCCCAACGGCUUUCUCGUACACUGCCUCGACCACGCGCGGAAGCCAUGCGACGUCUACUGCUCGGUCGAGUCGCCCGAGCUACAAACCAAGUGGCUCGACCACUACGCAAGCGUUCAAAAGCAGCAGUUGGGCGACGCACUCCUCGACGACCAAGCAUACGAGGUGGCCCACACGACGGCGUCGGCCUUUGAUACCUCGCCCAUGAAGGGCUACAUGAUGUACGAGCCCAAGGCCAGCCGCGCCGAGCGGCGUGAAGGCUUUUUCCUUGUGCAUGAGACGCAUUUGUGGGCGUUCAACUCGGAGCUCAGCGCGCGGUCGGGCGACGCGCCGGCAUUGGACCUCGAGAUGGCCAUGCUCCUCGAGCACGACGCUGACAGCAACGACUUUUACAUUGAGGCGCGACUCAACGGCGCACUCAAGCCACUGCGCUUCAUCACUGCCGACCGCAACGAUCGCAACGCGUGGGUGCGAGCGCUUUCGUCCGUGCUGCAAACCGCCCGCGGUCUUGCGCUCCUGCAGACGACGCAGCAACUACUGCACGAGAGCUUGACGCCGUCGCAAGCCAUCGCGGAGGCCAACCGCGCCACGUUUGUCGUAUCGGGGUCAUCAAUGGAAGGCAUGUUGACGCAAGUGCAAACUGCCUACUGGCUCUUCUCCCACGACGAGCCGCGCUACUUUGUGCUCAAGCAAGCGUCGCUCUGGAGCUUCGCGUCAUCGGCCGAAGCGAAGCACCUCCACGCUAACAACCAUAGCAACAACAAUGAGGCAGAGACAAGUGUCCAAAUGCACGUCACGUCGGUCAGCGACUGGGUGCUACCGCCAGGCUCGGCGCAGCACGGGUUUCACGUCCACUACCAUCUCGGCGAGAGCAGUGAGAGUCUUCUUGCGCAGCUCAUGGCGCCAUCACUCGAGGAGAAGGAGCGAUGGGUGCGUGCAAUCAAGGAGGCACAAGAAGACUCGCUGCGAGAAGCCUACUACAACGACCUCUUGGCCCACGAGACCGAGCUCCAAGCGGCGGCGCCGAUCGUGUUGGCGUACGAAGGCUUUGUCAAGACGCGCAAGACGCGGCUGACAUCGCCAUGGCGCGAGCACUAUUGCGUGCUCAAGGGUCCGUGGCUGUUGCUCUUUGCCUCCCACGACGCCUGCCUCGAGGCGCCGGACAAGCCGCUGGAGAAGCACGAGAUCGUCCUCGUCUCCGACUGGCACGGAUCGCUCUCUCUCGCCGUGCGCCACGUGUUUCGAGUCGAGACGCUCGACGACGGCUUCCUCGAGGUCUCGGUGGGCACGGACGGGGAAAAGGUCAAGUGGAUGAAGACGCUCGAGGCGGCGGUGGCGGCCGUGCCAGCGCACGACGUCGUCUCUCGCAAUGCAGCUCUGAGCAGCUAUCCCGGCGCGUCCAUGGAAGGCUACCUCAUCAAGAAAGGCCAUGGUCUCCGCGUGGCGAAGAAGCGGUACUGCGUCUUGCUCAGCACCGAGUGGCUCUACUUUAACUCGCAAGAAGACGCACUCGCUCAAGCGCAGCCGCUCGGUGUGCUCAAAGUGCUCGGCGCCAAGCCCAUGGCCGCCGACACCACGACGUACAUCGACUUCAACUCGACGGUGCCCGAACAUACCUUUGUCUUGGACGUCCAAGGCCACAAGAGCGUGCUUUGCGAAGCCCACAACAGUGCCGAGCAGCACCUUUGGGUCGAGCACAUUGCGGCCGAGCUCGAGAAAGAAGCCAGCCUGACCCGAGGUCUCCAAGCAUCGAAAGAGUCGGCGCAGAAGAAGGCCGAGGCGAUGAAAGCCGCCGUCGCGACGAUUGGCGCGGCCCAAGCCCACGCGUCGGCGGAGAUGGCGCUCACCGACGACUUGCUCAAGAAAUUCCAAGAGGAGGAGGACGACGGGUCGUCGGACAAUGACGACAGUGACGGCGCGACGCUGUACGUCGAGUACGUGGAUACGAACGGUGGAUUUGCGCCCGAAGACUCGCCGAUGCGCCGGACGUCCAAGAACAAACUCGCGCAGCACUUUCCCAACGACAAAACGUUGAGCAAAAGCAUGGCGUCCCGGCCGUUCUGGCAGCUCUUUUGCAGCUGCUUGUUCCGCCCGCCAAGCACACCGACAUUGCACCAAGACGACCCGCUUUUGACCGACGACGAGAAGCGGCUCUACAAGGUCCAGUUCUACGCCAACGGCGCGAUCGAUUCGUCCUUUUAAGUGCCAUUUACUCUCAAGGCCCCGUUCUGUCGCUUGAAUACAUGUUAAGUACUACAUUCACUCGAACCGCUU